AUGUUUGUUCGCAAUGCUUUGACUGGUUCUGUAAAAAAAACGGCUCUCUUCCGAUGCCUACACAGCGGACAAUCGCUUUUCAAAGCCGAAGUGUUUGCAAUGCCAGCUAUGUCCCCUACAAUGGAAAAAGGUGGGAUUGUGGAAUGGAAAUUCAAAGUUGGAGAGUCCUUUUCUGCUGGUGACGUUCUGCUGGAAGUGGAGACCGAUAAGUCUCAAAUCGACGUGGAGGCCCAGGAUGACGGGAAGCUAGCAAAGAUUAUGAUCGAUGAUGGAGCCAAAGAUGUGAAGGUUGGUGAGCCCAUUGCUUAUUUGGCAGAGCCCGAGGAUGACUUGGCUACUUUGGAAUUUCCUACCGAAAGCGCUCCCAAGCAAGCAAAACCACAGGAAACCGCUGAACCUAAAGCGUCUUCGAAGACUCCCGUAAACGACGACUCCAAGCAAAAGAGCGAAAGUCGCGCUGCCAACAGCGGUUCGUCUUCAUCUGGGAAAGCCAAUGCUUCUCAAGUGCUGCUCCCAUCGGUGCAGAUUCUACUGCACGAAAAUGGAAUAUCUAAUGAACAGGCUUUGAGCAGCAUCCCUGCGUCCGGUCCCAAGGGCAGAAUUCUCAAAGGUGACGUUUUGUCGCAUCUAGGUAAAAUUUCUGAGGGCUCGGUCACCAAACUUACGAAAUACAUUCAAAAAUUCGAAAAACUAGACCUCUCCAACAUAGAAUUGAAGCAACCAGAACCACAACAAAAGCCUAAGGAAAAUGCCCCUGCAAAGCCACAACCUGUGGUGCUUUCGGAGCAAAUUCAUUUCAAGACGGCUCCUGACGUCAACACGGAGCAACUUCUACGGUCGUUGAAAGCUUAUAUCAACGAGGCCAAAUAUUUAUCGCAUGAACAACCUGUUGCCAAUGCAAAUUCGGUACAUUACGAUUCUUUGUUUGAGGAAUUAAUCACUCCUGAACCAAGACAGCAAAGAUUCCAAGUUUCGUAUGAUGUCGUUCCCCUAUCGACCGGAGAAUUGAUCUCCCAACAGCAAGACGAUAUUUUUGACCUUCUAGCGGGCUCUUCUACCAGAGCGAAAGUAGAGCAUGAAAUCGCUUCAAGUAACGAGUUUUUGAUAAACUUGGACGUUAAAGUUAGCGAUGAAUUUGCGGAUGCUAAGGUGAAGGCUCAAAGGUUUGUGGAUUACGUUAAGGACUUAGAGAUUUCUUUAGAGAAGUAG